AUGUCGACGACUUCGUCAAACGUCGUCGGCGUUCACUACCGCGUCGGCAAGAAGAUCGGAGAGGGUUCCUUCGGUGUUAUAUUCGAAGGUACCAACCUGCUGAACAACCAGCAGGUUGCCAUCAAAUUUGAGCCCCGAAAAAGCGAUGCACCACAACUACGAGAUGAGUACCGUACCUACAAGAUCCUCGUUGGAUGCCCCGGCAUUCCCAACGUCUAUUACUUCGGUCAGGAGGGUCUACACAAUAUCCUUGUUAUCGACCUGCUAGGACCCAGUUUGGAAGAUCUGUUCGAUCACUGCAACCGAAGGUUCUCCAUCAAAACCGUCGUCAUGGUCGCCAAGCAGAUGCUUUCCAGAGUUCAAACCAUUCAUGAGAAGAAUCUCAUCUACCGUGAUAUCAAACCCGACAAUUUCCUGAUCGGCCGACCGGGAACCAAAGCCGCCAAUGUCAUCCACGUCGUCGAUUUCGGUAUGGCGAAGCAAUACCGUGACCCAAAGACCAAGCAACACAUUCCCUAUAGAGAGCGAAAGAGCUUAUCCGGUACCGCUCGUUACAUGUCCAUCAAUACCCAUUUGGGUCGUGAGCAGUCCCGACGAGACGAUUUGGAGGCUCUCGGUCACGUUUUCAUGUACUUCCUCCGUGGUGGCCUUCCCUGGCAAGGGUUGAAGGCUGCUACUAACAAGCAGAAGUACGAGAAGAUCGGUGAGAAGAAGCAGACCACUGCUAUUAAGGAUCUUUGCGACGGAUUCCCAGAUGAGGUCAAUCAAUACCUGAGUUACGUCCGAAACCUCGGGUUCGAAGAUACCCCCGACUACGACUACCUUCGAGAUUUGUUCACCAAGGCGUUGAAGAACACCGGUGAAGUUGAGGAUGGAGAGUAUGAUUGGAUGAAGUUGAACAAUGGUAAAGGGUGGGAAGCCAUUCAGAAGCAUCCUUCGUCGCAUGGGUACCAUCACCAUCAGAGCGCAAACCAACAUGUUUCUGCAACGCAGGGAGAGCUCCGGCACGUCAACCCCAACCCUCGACCGGCCGCGAACAGCAACCAGCUCGCUGCUCGGGUGAACGCCGCUCUUCCACCGCCUCCCUCGCCAGCUAUGCAAAUGAACAACAAGAAACGAGAGCGAGAACGGGAACGAGCUCCACCACAGAAUGCAGUACCAUUGAAGAGACCCAGCGGAGGAAUGGCCGGUUUACAGUCCCCCGGCGCUGUCACACCGAACCCGAGCACCCAAGCACAAUAUCACGCUCCUUCUCAGACAAACUUAACCCAACAGCCAAGAACCCAGGCACCGCCUACGAUGACGCCUGCCCAGCACACUUCCCAACCACCCAGACAACCAGAGCCUAGGAAGGGAUUCUGGUCAAAGGUGAUGUCUUGCUGCGGUUAA